AUGUUUGCUGCAGCGACCAAAAACUUUGUGAAGCAGGUGGGAGACACAGGGAGGUUGAUCCCUGUCCCGAGCCUGAGUGAGGCUGACCGCUACCAGCCCCUCAGCCUGGUUACCAGAAAGAGGAGGAAGCAUUUUUGGAAGAAGGACAAGUAUGCCUCAACACCUUUCUCACUGAAAGACAUCCUGGUGGGCGAGAAAGAGAUCACAGCAGGGGUUUCCUCUUACCAACUCCUCAACUACGAAGAUAAAUCUGAUGUAGCUCUCAAUGGUCGGUUAGGGAACCACAUCAUCAAUGAUGUGGGGUUCAACAUCAGCGGGUCAGACUCAGUGGCUGUAAAAGCCUCCUUUGGCAUUGUGACCAAACACGAGCUGGAGGUGCCAACGUUAUUGCGUGAACUCAACUCCAGGAAGGUGGACCUGGAUCACUGCCUGAUUCGUCAGUCAAAGGAGAGCGGACGCAGUGUCCUCUGUGUUGUCGUGGAGAGUAUUCGCACCACGCGUCAAUGCUCUCUGACCGUGCAUGCUGGCAUGAGAGGGACCACCAUGAGGUUUCAGAUUGACGACGGCAGAAACCCCAAAGGUCGAGACAAGGCCAUUGUCAUCCCAGCUCACACCACCAUCGCCUUCAGCAUCUGUGAGCUCUUUGUUCGACUGGAUGGACGACUUGAUAUUUGUGUGGCUCCGGAGUCACAGGGAGGCUUUGAGCGUGAGCAGAUCAGGGAGCAGCUUGGUGGUUUCAUUGGUCGCUUCUCCAUGGGGCGACUACGCCGCUUCCUCUCUGGGAUCAUCUACGGAAACCCCUUUAGAGCAGAUGACCGAACAUUCGAAGAGCUCACCCACUCUGACACCUACAUGGACGACAUGGUGACCGACUACUACGAGAAGGCUGCCAGCAUGACGGACAUUUCCACCGCUUACUUGAGGGAAAGCUCACAUACAAGGGUCAACCUCCUCAAACACAACAUCCCCAAGGGCCCCUGCGCACUCUGCGGGAUGGGCAACCAACGGCGGGAAACCGUGUACGGCUGCCUGGAGUGCUCGACUGGGGGCCAGAAAUACGUCCGGCUGCAUGUGGUACCCUGUUUUGAUCUCUGGCAUAAAACCUUGAGGUGA